AUGCAUACUUGCAGUAGUGAUAGUGAGUCAGAUGUUGAUAAAUCCCCACCAAGAAAGAAGAAAGUGGUGAGAUACGAGCAAAAAUUUAUUAACUCUUGGCUCAACGACGAAAAGUUUAAAAAAGAUAAUACGUAUUUUUACUGCUCUGCAUGCGACUGUGAUCGUAAAUGCGGAAUUCAAGAAUUGACGCGACACAAAAAUUCAUCAAAGCACCAAGCAAACUGUAAAAAAAUACAAAAGCAACCUAAGCUUACAUCUUUGUUCGCAUCAACAUCAAAAUCACAGGAACCGCAGCAAAUGGCAAAAGCCGGCGAAAUUAAACUAGCAUGUUUUAUUGCGGAACACAACCUUGCAUUUAAUGUUGCCUCACAUCUGACUAAUUUAAUAAAAUCGGUGUGUCCAGAUUCCAAAACUGCUGAAUAUUUGUCUAUGAGCCGAACAAAAGCAAGAGCUAUUGUAGUAAAUGUGAUAGGAAAAACCGCUGAAGAAAACUUGAUAAAAAAUUUAAGGGAAAAGGAGUUUGCAUUGCUGGUAGAUGAGAGUACUGAUAAGUCGGCAAUCAAGCAUUUAGCUUUAAUAGCGAGGCUAGUUAACACAAAUUAUGAAGUAGGAGAUAAAUUUCUAACUGUGAUACCGAUCACCAACGGGUCAGCUAAAGUUUUGUACCAAAAAACUGUCGAAUAUUUUAAUGAGAAAGAAAUUCCAUACAAAAAGAAUUUGUUAGGAUUUGCUUCUGAUAGCGCCAAUGUCAUGUUCGGGGGAAAUAACUCAAUGAUCACUCAUUUGAAGAAUGACAUACCUAAUCUUUUCACCAUGAAAUGUAUAUGUCAUUCAUUUGCGCUUUGCGCAUCUCACGCAUGUGAAAAUUAUUGCUUAUAUAUAUUAUCGCACCCUGCACAAACCAGAUGGCUAUCGUUGAACGAUGUCGUGAAUAGAUUGUUGGAACAACUUCCAGCUAUAAAAUUAUAUUUCCAAUCAGCAGUGCUUACAGAUCGUCUUCUUUCUGGCCAAAGUAUUUUAACAAAAGCCAUGGAACCGACAACUGAAUUAUACUUAGAGUUCCUACGAUUUGCUUUACCAAUAUUCACAGAUUUGAAUAAAGAAAUGCAGGCAGAAAAACCAAAGUUGCACUUAUUAUAUGACCAGAUCUACACAGCAUAUGUGACAAUUUUAGAAUGCUUUAUACAACCGGUUUAUUUAGAUAGAACUAACAGAAGAAGAGAUAAACAAAGCCAAAGAUAUCUUAAAUGCCAAAGAACAAAAAAUAUUAAGUGUUGA